GGAGGGGAGGCGGCAAGUGAACAAACCAGAGUUCAAAAAUUUCCCAAAAAAAAAUAAAAAAUAAAAAUCCGUCUCUUCCGCCUCCGACGAUUCGCUGCUCGCCGGCCUCCGCCGCGGGCGCCGCGAAGCCUUCCGGUGAACUCCGGCGACGGGCGGGUGUGGGGAUUCGCGGCCUUGAGGGUUCGUGCUCGCCUCCGACUCCUCGCUCGCUCUCUCUCUCUCUCCGCGGUUGCGGAGGUCGGGGGUCUUGCCGGCGGUGGGUGGGCUAGGGUUUCGCCGCCUCGGGUUCUCCGGGGUCCAGGAGAUCUAGGGUUGUGAGAUCAGGAGUAGGAUUACAAAAUUGCACACCAGAUAGUUUUGCUGCUGAAUAUCAGAAAACCAUGAAACCUCUUCAGCAGCGCUGUAAACCAACUGAUACAGGAACGGCGGCAAAACUUGGUGGCAGUACGAUGCAAAGCCUGAAACCUGGAAAAUAUAUCAACAAAUCAUCAGGCAAUGCUAGCACAAAAUACAGAAGAGCUGGUGCCUCAUCACCUCAAUUGUAUACUGAAAAACAAAGUGCACCAAAGGAUGGUAGCUUUAUGGAAGCACUGUUCCAUGAUUCUAAGAAUGUGUCUGCUCGACCACCCUGCCAUUCUGGAAAGAUCGCACUUCAACUGUUCCCAAUAGAUGAGGAGUUUCAGAAGUCCCUGCAGCAGAAAAACCACAAUCCUUACCUGGAAUUGACUGUGGCUCCUCGAAAGAAAAUAUCCUCAGUUCUGCAGCAUCUCAACACAAAAUGGGGCAAUUCUCAGUGUGCAAGAGGUGAACUCAUGCUCUUCCCUGACGGUACUAGGCUUGAUAACAUAAAUGGCAGUGAGAGAUGGACUCGUAGUGAUUCUUGCACAGCAGCUGAUGUGCAUGUUGCUGUUGGCAGCCCUUCGACAUUUCGCUUAAGAUAUGGUUGGUUUCCACCCAAUUUUGGGGAACAAAACAGUGGAGUAUCUUUAGGAUUAGUGCACUCUGCAGGCAAUAUAAUCGACAACGAGCCUUUAGAUCCUGUUGUCAGGGAACAGAAACAGAUGACUGCUUUGAGUGAAUUCCCGAGUAACUUUGCUGCACCGUCCACUGAGGCCAACACAGUAAAGACUAUGAAACAGGAUAAUCAAAGCAAAGAGACACCACUUUCAUGGAUUGACUGCAUAUCUAAUAUAAGUUUUGGAGCACUAUUAGCUGAAGCUGCGCCUUCUCAAGACAGCAAGCAGUUACUUCCACAAAACAACUCAAGUCUCCAACAGAUACCUCUUACCGCUGAUUCAUUUGAUGCUGCUAUUGCUUCCCUGAUUGCUCGGCAACAAGCAAGUAGCCAGCCGAAGGUGUCAACUCCAUCCCUUUGGGAUGCAGAAGAAACGUGCCAUGCAUUUCCUUCCCAGAAUCGAAUUUCACGCAGGACACCUGGUACAACUCCUAGCAGUUGUGGUGCUAGUACCUUGUCUGUCCUAGGCACAAUUCUGGAAUCUGGUACAGACGGUGAGAAGCAAUGUUCUACUGAAGAUAGAAGAGAGGAACCGAACCCUCAGGCAUCACUCUUGGCCAAUGAUGACAAUAAUGUGAAGCCAGACAUCCCAGUGUCUGAAUCUACUGGGGAGCCAAGACUGGGAGCAUCUUGUUUUCAGUCUGAAUCGACUGGGGAGCCAGAAGUCGGAGCAUCUUGUUCAAGACUUUUGAGUGGCACCGACAGUUUAAGUGUGAGCGAUUUACUUGCAAACAGCUUGGAUGCAUUCCAGAAAUUCUCUGUUUUCUGAAGCGUAGCUUUUAUAUGGAAGAACUGAAAUUGCACAUCUUGUAAAGAUCAGGAACUAGGGUGAAACGUCGUAUGUGUUUCCCAGUUCAUUAGGAGAUCUUUUUUUUUUUGAGGGGGCUUGCUGAUCUGAAGCCUCUUGUGUAGUAUUUUUCCUUAAAUAUUUAGCGAAAAGCACCACCUUUGUCAUGUAAACCUCUGCUAAUUGCUACUAACAAUAGCCAUAUUCAUCUAAAAUAAUCAAUGAUAAUAUUGAUUGUUACUGUGUUUGCAA